AAUUGUCAAUUUAUAAUCAUAUGUCUUCUUUUUCUCUUGAAUCUAACCCAUAAUUCAACACAAACAUCUGAUAUUAAAUUUGCCGAAAUAGUGCUUAAAUUAGAAGUGAAACUUCAUCGAAUAUAUUUAAAAUAUGAAUAAUAUUGAAAAUAAUUUAUUACAAGUGACAAAAGCAAUCGAAAAACAAGUUGACGCAGUUAUUGAACAGAUAGAUAAUUUGGAUACCAAUGAUUUGGAGCAGCUAAAAUUGAAUCGAAUCAAAGAACUAAAGAAGUUGGAAGAACAAAAGAGAAUAUGGUUGAGUAGAGAUCACGGAAAAUACGAGGAAUUGCCGGAAGAAAAAGCGUUUUUUGACGUUAUCAAGAAGUCCGAUAAUGUAGUUUUACAUUUUUAUCGAAACGGCAGUCCUAGAUGUUCCAUUGUUGAUAAACAUUUAAAACUACUUGCACCUAAGCAUAUAGAGACGCGAUUUACAAAAUUGAAUGCUGAAAAGUGCCCCUUUUUGGCUGAAAAACUGAAAAUUAAAACUUUACCUACUAUUGCAUUAAUCCAAAAUGGUGUUAUGGUAGAUAAAAUCGUAGGUUUUACCCAGUUGGGAAACACAGAUGAAUUCACAACAGAACUGUUGGAAUGGAGAAUAGCACAAAAUGAAGUCAUCAAUUAUGAAGGUGACCUUUCAACACCUCCAGAUCAGCUUGAAACCAAAAAAACCAUAUUCAAAAACAUUAGAAAUGGUAAUGGAGACGAUGAUGAUUUGGACAUUGAGGAAUAUGGAAUUAUGAGAGAGUCUGCAAAAUCAGAAACAAUGCUUAAAAAUGAUAUUGCAGAAUUGACACCUGAAGAAGCUGCAGAACUGGGCAUAGACUAAAAUAAUUCUAAACUUAAUCAACUUGAGGUACAAUUAGUCUAUCUGCAAUGAUUUCUAUUAAAAAUUUUAUUUAUUGUCAAUUUGAAGAAAUAAUGAGUUUGCUCUGUAUUUUUAUAACUUAUUUAAUUCUUUUUUACUUCUCCAAUUCUUAAUAUGACUUUUACAUGUUAGAGUAUCUUUUUAACAAACUAUAACAAUAGAAAAUAAUUAAUUUUCCAUAUAUUCUGUAAUAAUUAACACUUCUUUUUAUUAAACACCUAUUUAUGUACUUUAUAAGAAUUAUUAAAUAUCCAUGGGUACACAAAUGACUUA